GAGCUAAUAAUUUGGUAUUGGAUCAACUACAUAGUAAUAAUCCUCCAUUGAUAUUUUUCUUUUAUCUCAUCACUUGUUAGCAUGAUUUUGUAGAAGAAAUUUAGUCUUGGUCACUUGUGUGAGUGAAAGGGUUAAGAGCAUUUCCAAGAAAUACUCUGAUAUAUGGCUAGAUUUAUUUCUGUUAUUUCUUCCAUUACCAUUUGUGAUCAGAUGACUAUACAGAGAUCAGAGAACCCUCUCAAAUAUGCUUCUCUUCCAAUAAAUUGUGGGUCCUCACAACUCAGUUGAUAGCUGGGGGACACAAUCAAUCAAUCAAUCAAUCAAUCAAUCAAUCAAUCAAGCUUUAUUAAUGGUAUCACUUCAUGAAAAAUUAAAAGUGCUCUUCCAGUGGGCCAUUUACAUAACAAAAAUUUUCAAAGAAACUACAUUAAUGCUAAAAUAUUUCUAUAUAAUAUUAAGAAAAUCUGUCCUAUAAUUAAUUACACAAGAAUCAAUCAACCUUAACCCAUUGACACCUGAACCGCCCGUAACCGCCCGUGCGUAACAACCCUAACUUUCCCUGAACCGCCCGUAACCGCCCGUGAAAAAUGGGGAUCGUAUUACAAUCUCACCCCACUCUCCCCUAGUGGCUCUUUGUGUUUUGUUGCCAUAGUGACUUAGGAGGAUAAUUAUCCAAUCAUUUGGCCUCCUUUGCGCAGAUGUUGACAGCUGAUUAGCCGUGCCACGAGAUCGGGAAAUUUAAAAUUUUCACAGUGAAGCGCGUGCGGUCGACAAUGGCUGACGAGAUUCAAUUAGAGCCCGGAGUCGCGGCACUUUUCGAAGACUCAGGGGAUGAAGGAAGCUUUGAUGGAUUGGAUGAGCUAGAUAGGAAUAGGUUAAAUUUAAGUAAUGAUUCGGAUUUAGAUUUAGAUGGUUUAGAGGCUGAAGACGAUGACACAGAUGCUGAAGAAGAAGAAGCUCGCUGGACUGACCAGCUCGACGACAUCCAAGUUCCCCAGUUCGUGGCCUCUACAGGCAUUAAUGUAGUAUUAAAUUAUCCUAAUGAACUAGAUACUUUUUUAACUUUCAUCGGUAAUGAUUUAUGGGAUAAAAUAGUCGAGGAAAGUAAUCGUUAUGAGCACCAACAGUUAGGUGAUCGAUUUGAAAGUUUUCGUGCCAUAACGCCUGCAGAAAUGAAGGCAUUCAUCGGAAUAAUUAUAAUUAUGGGUAUUGUUAAGCUUCCUAAUUAUGCUUUUUUCUGGUCAACCGAUGAAUUUCUAGGAAAUCCAGGCAUUAAGAAGGUAAUGGCUAAGAAUAGGUUUGAGGAAUUAAGUUGCUAUUUACAUUUUAACGAUUCAAGUAAGGAGCCCGCUAGGGGCGACAGAGAUUACGAUCGCCUUUUCAAAGUUCGACCCGUUUUGGAUUACGUUCGCAAUAAAUGCGGGGGGAAUUUUCUGCCCACUAAGAAUAUUUCCGUAGAUGAGGGUAUGAUUGGGUUCCGGGGGAGGUUAUCUUUCAAACAGUAUAUGCCAGCUAAGCCCACUAAGUAUGGUAUUAAAGUUUGGAUGGCCGCCGAUUCUAGUAAUGGCUACGUACUAAAUUUUGAUGUUUACUUAGGUAAAGAACCAAACCAGUGGCCAAGAAUUUACGGCUUAGGGUACGACGUGGUGACUAGUAUGAUUAGGCCUUACAUGAAUAAGAACCACCACGUUUUUUUUGACAACUUUUUCAGCUCAGUUAAGUUAUUAGAACAUUUAGCAAGUAAUGAUACUUACGCUUGUGCCACCGUAAGAUGUAAUCGUAAGGACUUGCCUCCCUGUGCCAAAGAUAAGUUGCGUCCCGGGCAGAAAUUAGUUCGCCAAAAGGGUAAUGUAGUUUUCACCAAGUGGCACGAUAAGAGAGACGUUAGCGUAAUUUCCUCUAACCUUAGUCCUCUAGCCGUAGAUUUAGUGGUAAGUAGGCGUAAUCAGCAGGUUUCUAAGCCCGCUGUAGUUGAUCUUUACAAUAAGCACAUGGGAGGCGUAGAUCUUGCAGAUCAGUUGCGUAACUAUUACUCGAUAGGUCGUUCUUGUAAUAAGUGGUAUAGGUAUUUAAUUUGGUUUUUAUUUGAUAUUUCAAUUUGCAAUUCUUUCCUUCUAUACAACCACUAUAGGCGAGAACAUGGGGAGGGUAAAGUUAAACAGGUUAAUUUUAGGAUGAAUCUCGCUAAGCAGUUGAUCGGGGGGUUUUCUUCUACAGUUUCCACAGGUAAUUCAGUUAAGCGCCGUAAGAUUGAGAAUUUGUCUCGAGAGCUAGGAAACGUAGGAUCUCAUUUCAUAGUUAAGAUUGAAGGUAGGAAGAAGGUUUGCGUUCGUUCCAGCAAGUUAGGUAUUAAGACAGUGUCGGGUCGAUCAGUAGAGACCACUUUUCAGUGCUUACAAUGCAGCGUAGCUCUUUGUAAGACUUGCUUUCAGGAUUUCCAUAGUUGAAUUAGUGCUUGAACCUUCCUUCAUGUCCUGAGUCAUUUUCCACCGGAUUAGUGCCCGACGAGAAGAGAAAAAAAACAACCACGAGAGGAUAAGUAUAAUUAAGUAUUUGGUUCUUGUUUUGGCCUUUUUUAUCCUUGAUUGGCCGUUUGAUUGGUUCCGAUUUUGCCUCGAUCUUUUUAUGGCUUUCAUGUUUAUUGCGGAGCGUACUUUAAAUUUUAGCUAAAUGUUUGUUUCGCUGCAAGUUUGGAUUUUUUUUUCUGUUUUGGCCAUUCAAUUGGUUUGGUUUCCAUUGGCAGAUGUUUUACAAAGUUUGGCUGCUGAUUUUAAUUCAAUAAAUCUUGAUUGGAAAUCCGAUCGCUGUUGUCUGAUGUUUUGUUUUUCUGUUUCAGUUAGUGUUAGUGCGCCCCACUGGGUUUUCUUUGCCGUUUACAAUUUGUUAUUUCGCACGGGUGUAUUUUUCGCUUCUCCUGCCUUUAACAGCUUUCAGACGUUCUAACCUGAAAGAAACUGGAAUGGUUAUCAAAGAAUUAUAAUAAAAAUGAUUUAUUCCGACCGAACUACACAUUCUCGACCUCUUAUCUUUUGACAACAUCUCACUUUCGCAACGCGUUCAGAAAUCUCAUUUUCGAAAAUCGUCGCGCGGCGAACGGAUAAUUUGAAAUUUUAUUUUCUCCAUGAAUUAAAGGGCACUUUAGUAGCUCUUUUUCCGAAUAUUUUGGUAUAUUCCUGACAAUAAAUUAUUUCCCUUUCCGUUGGCCACAACUUCGAAAUCUGAUCUCCCAUUGAUCUCUACUGCGCAUAUAUGUUUAAUUUAGCGCUCUCGUAACGCAAUCACAAGUGGGGAAAUCCCUAAGAAUGAUUGGCAUUGUCACGUGCGAGGUGUCAAGGGUCAAUGGGUUAAGGUACAUUAAAUAACUAAAGUAAAUUCAAUCUCAACUCCCUCAAGGCAAUCCAUGGUUCAAGAAGACAUGGCAGACUUGAAAGAGUUGAGAUUUAUUUCAUCUACACAAGUAGGGAUGAGAUGAUAAUCAGGGUGUUAAAGAAAAGGGCACUUGUACUCCAAUGAUUGCUAAUACAUGUUGACUGAAAGUUCUCAUCGAGAAGGAAAGUGCUAUAUAAAUUAAUUGUUAGUUGGGUGAACUGUUAAAAACAUUACAGUGACAACUUCAGAGGGUAGUUUUUGAAUGAACUCUUUUUUGAUAUUACAACAACAGCAAGCUACAGGACUUUAGUUAUGAAAUUGUGACUCUACAUAUAUACAGCUUGAAUUUUUUUCUUAAAGGGCAUGCUCUAAUUGGUUACUUUGAGGUUACAUGACAUCUAUAACAAUUAAACUGUUUUAAGUCAAAAGUCUGGUGGUGGAGAACAAUGUAAAAUCUUUGAUGGCAGGGGGGUACAGGGCCCUGUAAUCAGCGACUGUUGGUUGUUGACCAUCAUUAUAUGUGAAUAAAGCAUGAUUUAAUGGUGGCAUGGGAUUUAUGCAUUAUUGGCCAAGGAUGAGGUCAAGAUGGUUGGGUAUUGGUCAAUUUUUUUAUGUGGUGUUUCUAUGGACCAAGAUGAAGUGGAGGUCUAAAAAAAUGCAAAAAAUAAAGAAUGAGGCUGAUAUCCAGCCAUCUUGGCUGAAAAAGCAUGGUUUAAAAAGGGGUUGGAACUUUGCAAAAAUAUUUUGCUUUGAUAAUAGUCAAUAAUGACUUGUUUAUUUUUUAGUUUGGAAAAGAAAGUCAACUGUGAUUUUGUGUAUGUUGUUUUUUUCUUUAGCAGA